AUGCUGCGCUCUUCAUUUGCACCGAGUCGGCAGCUGCUGUCCACUCCUGUCCGCCAACGGAUCCCGUCGCAAUGGCUGUCUAAAGUUGGCGCCAGCAGCCGACUCUCGGGUCAGCGAUUCUUUGCCGACUCCAAGCCCCCUACUGCCCCGACACCAGUUACACCUUCCUCUGAAUCACCUAUUCCCCACGGAGGUAUUCCGAAACCCACGGAACAAGAUACCAAGAUUCCUCAGUCACCAGCCCCCGUUCGCAAAACCGGUCGCUUCCGUCGAUUCUUGCUAUACCUAAUCCUGACCUCCGGUCUUACCUACGGCGGUGGCAUCUUCCUGGCUCUGAAGUCCGACAACUUCCACGACUUCUUCACCGAGUAUGUCCCGUAUGGCGAGGAAUGCGUCCUUUACUUUGAGGAGCGCGAUUUCUACCGCCGUUUCCCCAAUGCCUCCAGACACUCCAACCGUAUCAUUGCUGCUCCUCGAGAGGAGGGCAAGGCUGUCACAAUCCCUAGCAACAGCGGUCUGUCGUGGAAGGUUACCAGCGAGGAGUCUGGAAGUGAUGUCUCCAAGAGUGGCCCUCACAUGAGCUCUAAGGCUCAAGAGGCUCAGACCAAGACCGAGGCUGUUAAGCCCGAGGACCGUAACGCAGCUGUUGUCAAGGCUAAGGAGGACCAGGCCUCCAAGACAGAGGCGAAGGCUGCUCCCAAGGUUGAAAAGAAGGAAGAGAAGAAGGAAUCCGUCUCUCUUGAUGAGCCCAGACAGCCCGCCGUUGCUACUGUGAACAACAUUGAGUUCUUGAAGACCCAGGACGGCGACGAGGCUGUGGUUCAGGAGCUCGUCAAGACCUUUAACGACAUCGUCACUGUUAUCAGUGCUGACGAGAAUGCUGGCAAAUAUUCUGCGCCUGUUGCCAAGGCCAAGGAAGAGUUGCAGAAGAUUGGUGAAAAGAUCUCCGCGAUCCGCACCGAGGCUCGCAGCGCCGCCCAAGAGGAGCUCAACAAGGCCCACUCCACAUUUGACGAAUCUGCCAAGGAGCUAAUCCGCCAAUUCGAGGAGAUGCGUUCUAGUGAUAUUGCUCAGUUCCGCGAGGAGUUUGAGGCCGAGCGUGAGAAGCUCGCUAUGGCGUACCAGGACAAGAUCAAUGUCGAACUCCAGCGCGCACAGGAGCUUGCUGAACAACGUCUGCAGAAUGAACUUGUGGAGCAGGCUAUUGAGCUGAACCGGAAUUACGUUCACCAGGUCAAGGAUCUCGUUGAGCGUGAGCGUGAAGGCCGUCUGAGCAAGCUGAACGAGCUUACUGCCAACAUCAGUGAGCUCGAGAAGUUGACUACUGGCUGGAGCAACGUCAUCGACACCAACCUGAAGACCCAGCAGCUUCAGGUUGCUGUGGACGCUGUUCGCUCUGUUGUCGAGCGCACCGAGACUCCCCGUCCCUUCGUGCGUGAGCUGGUCGCUGUCAAGGAGCUGGCUGGGGACGAUCCAGUUGUGGAUGCUGCCGUUGCCUCAAUCAACCCCACUGCCUACCAGCGCGGCAUUCCCUCGACUGCUAUGAUUGUCGAGCGUUUCCGCCGGGUUGCUAGUGAGGUUCGUAAGGCCAGUUUGUUGCCCGAGGAUGCCGGUAUUGCCAGCCAUGCUGCCAGCAUGGUAUUGAGCAAGGUUAUGUUCAAGAAGGAUGCCCUUUCUGACGGUGAUGACGUGGAGAGCAUUCUUGUCCGUACCGAGAGUUUGUUGGAAGAAGGCCAUGUUGAUGCUGCGGCCCGUGAGAUGAAUGCCCUCCAGGGCUGGGCCAAGAUCCUGAGCAAGGACUGGCUGGCUGAUGUUCGCCGAGUGCUUGAGGUCAAGCAGGCUCUCGAGGUUAUCGAGACCGAGGCCCGUCUCCAGUGCUUGCGGGUAGAGUAAGCGCAUUUUCUGAGCGAUCCUGAAUUCAAAUUAUCCUGUACAUCUUCGUCUUGUCCACAGGAACUGUACGUCUAGUUGUACUUUUGCGUUAGACCCAAAUACUAGAGGUUUUCCUAUGU